AUUUACAACCAAACCAUAAUUGGCAGUUCCCCUUCUCCAGCUGGACCACCUCUGCUGACGUAAGCCUCCGGCGCUAACUUGAGCUCCCGUGUGCAGUUAACCUAUACCCCAUCACCAUCCACCAUGCCGGGCGCCCUCAAGCUCACCAAUUUCACUAUCGUUCACGCUCGUAAACCCUACAGAUUGCUCAACAAUUUCUCCUCCACAUCCUCCACCACCGCCACCGUCGAUUCGAGGCCAAUUCCCCGGCUCAAGUACUUCGCCGGGUUCUGGUGUAGGACAACCCUAUGCGCAUCCGCCUCGAACGUUGAUAUUGCCUCCCACUUUUUCCGUAGCGGGAAAAACGGGCGGAAUCUUCACUUCUACACCUCCGAUUGUAGGAACAAAGGGCAAGUCGUUCAUUUACAGCGCAGCACAAACGGUGAUUUCGGAACUCAAAUGGGUGCCACUGUCAAUGGCAGGGUCGACAGCCAAUGCAACGAACCUGAUGUGUUGCAGCCGCCGCAAAAGGACGGAGAGAAACGGCCGGCGGAGCCGUCUAAAUUGCUCACAUUGCCUACGAUCCUGACAAUUGGCCGUGUUGUCGCCGUCCCGCUUCUCGUCAGCACUUUUUAUGUUGAGAGCUGGUGGGGACCUGCUGCUACAACGGGAAUCUUCAUUGCAGCUGCCAUUACAGAUUGGCUCGACGGUUACCUUGCUCGAAAGAUGAAAUUGGGUACUCAAUUUGGUGCAUUUUUGGAUCCGGUGGCUGAUAAGCUUAUGGUAGCUGCCACCUUGAUCUUGUUGUGUACCAGACCAUUUGAAGCUGGUAUGUUUGGACAAGCGCCAUGGCUGUUGACUGUGCCUGCAAUUGCCAUAAUUGGUAGAGAGAUAACCAUGUCUGCGGUCAGGGAGUGGGCUGCUUCCCAAGACAGAAAGCUUUUAGAGGCUGUUGCAGUUAAUAAUCUAGGGAAAUGGAAAACUGCCACACAGAUGACUGCAUUGACCAUGCUUUUGGCUGCCAGAGAUGGAAGUCUUGUAGGUUCAGGAGCUCUUGUAUCUUCUGGGGUAGUGUUGCUCUACAUAUCAUCAUGGCUCUCCUUAUGGUCAUUGCUUGUGUAUAUGAGGAAGAUAUGGAAAGUGCUGCUGCUGUAGUAACAUCGACCAUCAGUUGUAUUUCUUGAUUCAUAUCUGUUAGAGCUGAGAUUGGCAUCAUCCUUUUCUACACGGUGACAGUACUCUCUAGACACGGAUGAGGAGACACUGCACAUAUUGGUGAUUCUUCAGCUACACUUGAGUUCGAUCCUGUGAAAGUUCUAUGGUCCAGGAAUGCAAGAAAAGAUAUUGGCUGAACAUAUUGCAGCCUUCUAGCAUUUGUUUUACUGACUAAUAAAUCAUCAACCAGCAUGUGGGGGUCCCAAGUUUUCCAUCCUCCGGAAAUUUGUUGGGGCUAAACUCGGUCUAGAUGCUGCUCACUAAUGGUUCCUUUGGGUAUCAUGAUGAUUUUGGCAGUCCUUAACUACACUUGUAGCAUAAACAGUCUGGAACUUGUGUGCCUGAAUUUUAUGCAAGCAGCUAAAAAUUUAUUUUUGCACACAUGUGGCUCUCUGGUUGACUGUUCAAGCUAGAAUCAUCAGUCAUUGGUUUUUGAAGAUUUGUAAAAAAGAAAAGCACGGCCACAUUUUUCUGUUGAUUAAUAUGUUGUAAAAAACGUCAUGUAAUAU